AUGCCAUUUUGUUUUGGAAGUAAGGACGAAGAGCCAAAAGACGAAUACGACCAGAUCCCCUUUGGUCUGAAAUGGCGCAUGCAUUGGGCAAAGAAAGAGACCGACGCUCGCACCGGCGAAUCGGUGCUGCGCCUCAGCAACAACCGAAUCCUCAAAACACAUUGUGUCAAUACCGAGUAUCAGGCCCUGAUGCUGAUCGACCGACACACUUCGGUGCCUUCAUACAAAGUCCUGGCGGUAUACAACAGACCGGAGGGAAAAGUAGUCGAAUACGAAGCAUACCCUGGGAAGCCCUUGCAGGAACUAUGGCCGUCCAUGUCAGCACAUAAACAGAACAAGAUUGUGGCCGAUCUAGGGCGCUUUGUGGAGCAACUCAGGAAGAUGCAACCACCAAAACAGUGCGUCGUGGGGGAUGCCACACUGGGCGCUGCGUUGGAUCACCGCUUUGGCUCUGGUCGCAUAGGACCCUUCUUUUCCAUCGAGGCUUUUCAAGAGUUUGAGCGGAGGGGUCACCCGACAGACGAUUUCCCGGAAAAGGAGAUCCAAAUGGUUCAUGCACCCAAGAAACCAUAUCAACUCAAAUUUGCCCACGCAAGCCUUUGUCCCCAAAACAUCCUCGUGGACGAUGCGGGUCGGAUAUGUGCCUUGAUAGGCUGGGAGUCAGCUGGAUGGUAUCCCGAGUACUGGGAGUAUACUCAAAUGUGCCAUUUGACGCCCAAGACCAUGGGCGACUGGCUUGAAGCAAUGCGCAGAGUCAUGCCACAAUACGACCAAGAGUUGGCAUGCGAAGAAGCAUUACGUGCCAGAUACACCAGCUCGAUAUAUGAUGCACCUAGGAGCGUGAGAGCUCCGAGUCCUUCCCCGAGCCAACUACAGGCAGAGCAACAAGAAAUCAAUGAUAAGAAUACCGAGGAUACUAGUGGCUAG